AUGAGUGUAGCGACAAGUUUAAUAUUGACAGGCAUAGGUGGUUUUUUUUACAAAUAUGAUAACUCUCAAAGUUAUGAAUUAGAUCCAAAUAUUUACCUAUCGGUGUAUGAAUAUCGAGAAAAAGUAAUCAUUCCAAAAAUAUCUAAUGUACAAGAAGAGUUCACAAUUGCAAUUGUUAAUUUUUUUCAAGGUCUAUUCAACAACCAACCCUUUGUAUACCCUUUAAGAGGGUUUUUGGAAUUAUUAUACUAUCCAGAUAAAUAUUUGUAUAGUUCAAUUAAUACCUUUUUGUUUUAUUUGAUAAGUUAUACAAUUAUUACCGUUUUAUAUUGGGUGACUUUGACACCACUUUAUGUUGGAUUUUUUUUUGUCUUGGGUCCAUUGGGAGUCCUUUUAGCUUUAGUACAAACUUUCUUACAUGCAAAUAUUCUAACUAUGAUGUUCAUGAGACUAUCACAUUUUGCAAAUAAUAUAGUUAAAAGUUGUUUAGAUAUCGAUUCAACAGGUACUUUACCAACCACAUCAAUUAAAUAUUAUGUUCCAAUUAGUUGCACCUAUUUUUGGGCUCUUUAUUUACCUAUAAAAAUUUUAAAAUAUUUUUUGGCUGUACUUAUUCUAUUAAUUUUAUUAACCAUUUCUGCAAUGCCAAUUAUUGGACCAGUUUUAUUCCAUUGUUUAAUCUCUCCAUUUAUUACCAAAAUUUACAUCUCGAAGACUUUAAAACUGAAACAAUUAGAUAACCAGGAAAGAUUACAUUAUUUUGCACAGUACUUUGGAGCUUAUACAUCAUUUGGUUUAGUAGCCGCAUUAUUAGAGACAAUCCCAAUCCUUUCUGGUAUUAUUCUUUCAACUAAUGUUAUAGGAACUACUUUAUUAGCUGUAGAAACUAUUCUAGUGACUAACGAAACAGAGGAAUCCGACGAAUUGCCUCUCCAAGGAAGAAAUCACACUACUACAUCUACUACAGACUUGUUGCCUGAAUUGUGCCGGUCAAGUCUAGAUGGAAAUAUUACUGAAUUACCAGAAAUAUGUCUUACAAGUGAGCCACCUAGUAAUAAUUUAAUUUCUGGGAUGUCUCCAAAUAUUAACAGCAGAAGUGGUAUUUUACUCUCUGGUCUCUGUAAGACUAGUGAAAUCCCAAGCAUAAAUCUAAAUAAUGCUACUAAUAAUACUACUAGUAAUAAUGCUUUACAACCAUCUGUGAACGAACUAGAAGAUUAUAUUAGCUAA